AUGGAGCAUUUAUUAGCCCGGAAAAAGUCCCUGCCACCCCUUGGCCGUAAGCGCUCGAAUUCUGCAACGUCAGUGACUCCCAGCGAUCAGCGGCCGAGGGAAGAAAAGAGCGCACCAUAUAGAGACACGCGAUAUGAACUGCUCCUCCAGACUAAAGGUACAUAUAUGGAUAUUUCUGAGCUAGGUAUCACAGAGUCAAGCAAGUGUGCAAUUCAAGAGCUUCUAGAAGGAGACCAGCCAGUCCCUAAGGACACUAUUUUUGACGACUUUAUCUUUAUCCACGCCUACUGCAACUUAAGGGGUAAAAAUGAGGCUAGGGUGAUUCAGGAUAUUUCUCGACUAAUCGUCCCUUCAGCAGAGACGCUUGCUCUCCGUGUCAAGAGCCUCAGGCACCUUACUGAAAGUGUGAAUGAGGGUUGGAACAACUCUAUCCCAUUAAUAGGGACUCGCCCCCAGCCUGACUAUUCUGUGGGAUUAACACGGGAGGCAUUCAACAAAGACCAGCUAGCUAAGCUGUCCCCUUUUAUUGGCGACUUUAUCAGCGGAGACCAGUCCUUUUUUAUGGCAACAUACUACAUGUACUUCCCAUUCCUAACAUGCGAGGUUAAGUGUAGCGCCGCUGCACUAGAUGUAGCUGAUCGACAGAAUGCCCACAGCAUGACUCUUGCAGUACGGGCUGUCACUGAGCUUUUCUGCGCUGUAAAGCGUGAAAGCGAGGUCCACCGACAGAUACUAGCUUUUUCUAUCUCUCAUGACCACCGAUCAGUAAGGAUCUACGGCCACUAUCCUGUACUAAAAGGCAAAGAUGCCACGUACUACCGUCACCCGAUCCGUACAUUUGACUUUACUGAAUUAGAUGGCAAAGAAAAGUGGACAGCUUAUCGUUUCACUAAAAAUGUUUACGAGUUGUGGAUGCCAUCUCAUUUCAAGAGGAUAUGCUCAGCCAUCGACCAGUUACCCGCAGAUUUAGAUUUCGAUAACCUGUCGCCGUCCACGGGUUUAUCCCAGGACUUGCAGAGCCAGCAUUUGGCCCAGUUGGACGCCAAUUUAGAUUUGCUUCAUACUGAGCGGGGUAGUCAGUCUGGUAAUCCUGAACAAGAAAAAGCUACACCAAGCACCUUAUUCACGAACCCUGGCACGGCAAAGAAACGGAAGGGUAAGAAGUAG